ACGGAGCACGGCGGCGGAAACUGGGACGCGGCUUAUCGCAAGGUAGCGUCAUCCUGAACCGCUAGGAUGGUGACGGACGUGCAGCUGGCCAUCUUUGCCAACAUGCUGGGGGUCUCCCUCUUCCUGCUGGUCGUCCUCUACCACUACGUAGCGGUCAACAACCCCAAGAAGCAGGAGUGA